GCUGAAUGCCCUCCGCAUUUCACCUCUGUAUUUGGGUACUCCGAGUCUUUGCCAACCCCAUCGACUCAGACUAGGAUGUUGUAGUUUCAGUCAGACGCCAAAGUUUGAAUCGACAACGCUGAUUACAGAUGAAAGCCCCAGCUGUAUGAAACGACACGCCCAAAGCAAGCCCAAACCUGAAGAAAUACACACUUCGUCCCUGCAGCUAUGGACCCACUGUCGGGAGCAGGCUUAGCAGGGACGGUGGUGCAAUUUGUUCAGUUCGCAGCAAACCUCUUCAACAUCGCCAAAGAAAUCCAUCGCUCGUCUACAGGGAUAUCAGAGGAAAUAGCAUCUUUGGAGGGCAUAUACAACAGGUUGGCGGCUCUAAGCCAGAACCUGCAGCAGUAUGCCGAUGCGAGCCACGGCAGCGAUGGCGCCCAGCCGGACAAUGCGGGCGAUACCGCGAUGGUGGCCCUGGCCAAGGAAUGCAGGAUCGACUGCAAUAGACUUCUCACUGUGCUGGAAAGAAUCAAUCAUGGGCAGGGAAACUUGCCCAAAUGGUGGAAGAGCUUCAGGUCAGCUCUGAAGGAGAUAUGGCAUAAAGACGAAAUCGAGGCACUGGAGGGUCGUAUCUCGAAGCAUCAGACUCAACUUAUCAUGCAUAUGUGCAUGGAUUCAAGUGAACGGCUGCGUCAUAUCAGAGCACAAAUGAAACACGAUGAUGUUAAACGCCACGAGAGCUUCUGGAACAGAGUCAAGACAAUGGAAAGCAACAUUGAGGGGAUCAAAAGCGCGCUUACUGCAGACACUGCAAAGCGCCAGCAGUCGAACCCGUCUCAAGAGCCCAGCCAUUCUUCUGGUAGUGACUCGGAGUCUCUCUGCCAAAAGACAUCGAAGCUAUCGCUGGAUGAUAUGGACAAGCUCCAAGUCAUUAAGAGGGUGUUUGCGGAUAGGUCCGAGCUUCGAAAACUAAUAUUACUGAGCGACACAUUCACCACGGGCGCGGCUGACGCUAUUUUGCAAACCAUCGACUAUGAAGAACGAACUGCCCGGCACGAAAGUAUACCGGACGCAUACACAGCCACCUUCCAAUGGGUAUUCGACAAGAAAGCCCAACAAGGCACUCAGCUUCUUGAGUGGCUGGAGAAAGGAGGCAAAGUAUUCUGGAUAACUGGGAAGCCUGGUGCAGGCAAGUCCACGUUCAUCAAAUUUGUGGCAGACAGUCCACGUACGAAGACUGCUCUGCGGAAAUGGGCUGGCAAAAGCAAGCCCAUCAUCGGUUGCCACUACUUCUGGAGCUCAGGGUCAUCGAUACAGAAGUCCCGUGACGGUCUUCUUCGGUCACUUUUGCAUGACAUAUUCUCCGAGGCCCCUGAACUUCUCCAGAAGACAUGCCCGAGGCGAUGGAAGAGAGCCUUAUCUACGAACUCCGCAGUGGGCCCUGCUUGGUCUUCUUCAGAGCUGAGCAGGACCAUCUUCGAAGUCGUUAAGAAGGCCGAAGCAGAUUUUAAUUUCUGCUUCUUCAUCGACGGCUUGGAUGAAGCUUGCCUGGAAGUGAACGACAAGGAUCUGUGUGACACCAUAGUCGACUUGUCAACCUCUCCUAACGUGAAGCUUUGCAUCUCAAGUCGGCCCUGGAACAGGUUCACCGAGUAUUUUGGAAGCCGACCAACAUUGAGCAUACAAGAGCUGACUCGUGAUGAUAUCCGAAAUUAUACCCAACAAGAGCUCAGCAGACACCCUAGGUGGGGAAGCCUUGACAACGAGCGUGGCACGAGAGACAGUAUGGUCACCGAAAUAGUACAAAGAGCCCAGGGCGUCUUCUUGUGGGUUGUACUAGUUGUCCGACAGCUUCGAGAGGGUCUGACGAAUUAUGAUACCUCGGCAGACUUAUGGAAAAGAUUGGACAGGAUCCCGGACAAACUGACAAAGUUUUUCCAGCUCAUCAUUCAAAGCGUAGAGCCGAUCUACAUGCAAAAAAUGGCAGAAACGUUGUUGAUUGCCGCCGCUGGUCAAGGCCCCCUUCAUUCCGCAAUCUACACCUUCCACGACCGGUGUGAUUCCAACCCAAAUUAUGCCGUCGAGGAGCAGCUCAUUCCUUGGAAUGACGAACAGCUUGAAAGCGAGAUCAGGCCAUUGUCGAUCAGGUUGAACUCGCGUUGCAAGGGACUACUUGAGGUGGAUGCCUUCGACAGGGUCAACUUUCUCCACCGCACAUUGAAAGACUUUCUACAAAUGGAGGGAAUGUACGGCGAACUUAAGAAGCAGGCCACCUCAGGAUUUGACGCGGAGCUGAGCAUCUUUCAAGCGUACAUAUGCUGGAUCAAGCAUGCGGCCUUCGUGUCCAUGGGAGGAAUCGCAUACUAUGGGCCCUCUAAGAGUCCUUUGGUUGAUACUCUGGAAACGGCACUUGGAUAUGCUGCAAGAUCAGACAGCCCUUGCGUUCUUGGCCUGAUCGAUGACCUGGACUGGGCGGUCCACAGGAUGUUCAAAACUGGGCAGGCGACGUUCGCUGGCACCGAGACGAUUCAGCAAACACAACAUCUGUUUCGAACCUGCAUCUUGAGGACUGGGCUCGACAGGUAUCCCGCCGAAACCUUUUAUCAAGCGCCCGGACACUCGAAGGAGGUACUUCCACUGGUCUCCGUCCUGAAGCUUGACGCACAAGUCGGGAACGAUUACGACGUAAGGUGGUCAGCACGCAGGGUCAAUCUGCUUCAGACCCUCUUGGAUCAUGGGAAUAACCCAAACGAGGCAUAUAUCGACCCAGAAUCUGGCCUUGAGACCACCCCGUGGUCCGAGUUCGCGAAGCGAUUGAUGCCAUGCCCGCAACUGGAGCUGGAUAGCCUGCCAGCUGACUACCCGCAGGGGCCGUUGAUGGAGGCAGUGAGCAGCGUCGUGUUAUCAAUGCUUCUGGACAAUGGAGCCGACCCAAAUGCCUUGGUCGAAGGCGAAGAGUCGCCUGAGCCCCUCCCAGUGUGGGCCAAGUUCUUCCUGGCCUGCUUCUUGACCCCAAGCCUCAUUCUGCACAGCGAUCGAUACCUCGAGGACCUGGAUAAGAUGGUGCACAAGGCAAACCUCGAAGUCAACACAGGUUUUCUCCAGCCACUGGGUCAGUGGUCAGUAGGAGAGCCGAUUGAAGUUGUUUGCCGAAGCCUUGGUGUCCCGGUACCGUUUCGAAGUGCUCUGUGGAACAUCCUGGGCUGCUUCCUGAAGAAAGACCCUGCCUUAACACCGACACGCACGCCCAAGAGUUACAGGGAGCUCCAAUUGUAUGCCAAGGUGACGAAGACAUUUCUGCGGCAUGACGAUCUCUCAAAAUUACCACUUCUUGACAUCCAGGAGGCAGUGACGCAAAGCAUGCCUAUGAGCCUCGUGCCAGACAUAUUGGAGGGUAUCAAUGCGUUCCUUGGGUCUUAUCCGCAAAUCAGGCCAGCGGCCAAGAGAAGGAGGAGGGCACUAGACGAAGAGGGUGACGAAGACAUGGCCUGCGGUCAGGGAAACAAGGCUCCUAGGCUCAGCUUCAUCUGCAACUCUGCCAGCGCGACGCCGGGCAGGCAUGUUGGAAGGACGUUUGGAGAGACAGUAAGGGCUUGAGCGGCGGAUGACAGACAGCACAUGGUGGUGUGCAGAAAUUGUAGCAGUAAAUUUGGAUAAUUGAGCAGUCUGACCAGAGAUAAAA